AUGGUGAAGUCUAUUCAACGUUUCAAUGUCAAAGGAUUGAUCAAGACAAUACCUUGUAUUCAUUCAUUCCUUGAUCUGGUGUAUGUCGGAGCGCUCGACCAGCAUCUUCAUGCCAUUCACAUUCAAGAACAUUCGUCGAAAUAUGACACGCGACUUUAUGCUGCGACUCUAGCCGGAGAUGUGUUCGCCUUUCAAUCAAACAAUGGAACUGUAUUAUGGAAACGUUCUUUGGCCAAACCAAUCUUUUCAACAAUAGCCAUCUGGAAAGAAAGAUUUCUCUUAGUAGGAUGCGUUGAUCAAAAGCUUUACUGCUUGACUUGUGAGACUGGUGAACAGAAAUGGACGUUUGAAACGAAUGGUGCAAUCUUUUCCUCUCCAUGUCUCAUCGACGAAGAACUGUUUAUCGGUUGCCAUGAUGAAUAUCUCUACGCAGUCAACUUGUCAAAUGAACAGCAAGGUGUCUUAGAAUGGAAAUGUCGAUUUCCAUCAAUGAUUUAUGCUUCGCCGUUCGUAUUCGAUCAUGGUCGAAUGGUGAUUGUUGGCUCAACGAAUGGAUGUUUACGCGCACUGACUUGUCAAACAGGUGAAAUUUUGUGUGAGACGCAGAUUCCCGGUGAAGGACUUUUUUCUUCACCAAUUUGUUAUCGUGAUCGUGUUAUUGUUGGUUCGCGUGAUGAUUAUUUAUAUUGUUAUACAUUUCACGAUUCGUCAAAGUGA